AUGGCUGAAUUUCCACCUAGACACCCGGGAUUUGGGAAUUCUGGGAAAUGUUUUCUGAUAGAGAAUCUACUGCGUCCAGAAAGUUCUUCACCUGUUGGAUGGGCCGCGUCAGGUGUCCACACCAAGAAAUGUUCGUCCGCUCUGCUUUUCGGACCCCUGGGCUUGGUGAUGAAAGGGAAGGGCGUCCAUCAGACCGGAGACCCGGAGAGCCACACGUGUCCUCGGAAGACUGAUGGAAAAACUGUUCAGUCGCAGUCAGUUAUGACUGGUGUUUCUAUGCCGGGAUUCACUGGAAGUGGACCUGUGAUGUUCACCAAAGGAGUCGGUGCUGCGCUGUGGAGCCAAGCGUUGAGCUCCAGGCCCAGGCCGGGAAUUCUGCGCAGAGCUGUGUUCUCCGAAGAACAGAGACGAGAACUGGAAAAGAUGUUUCGUAGACAGAAAUACAUCAGCAAGACAGACCGCAAUCGACUGGCAACAGACCUCUGUCUGAAAGAAACACAGGUGAAGAUCUGGUUCCAGAACCGCAGGAUGAAGUGGAGGAACUCCAGAGAAAAGGAGAGCACAUACACAUCAAAAGAGCAACUGAUGGUCUGGAGUAAAUCAGAACCAGCAAACACACAACCCAACAGAUGAAACACACACACACACACACACACACACACACACACACACACACACACACACACACACACACACACACAGACAAACACCUGCACGUGAUACACCUAUAUAUGGCCACACCAGAAAUAUCACAGCAAAAAUACUUUUUUACUCUUAUAAUACUGAACUGAAGAGACUUCAGUGGAAAUGUGGAACUGGAGAGUUUGUUGUUUGGGCUCCAUUGUGAUGGGUAUAGGAACAUUAUGCAAGGUGUUAUAGUGAAUAUAAACUUUAAUUUUGUUCAGUUUAUGUGCUAGAAUUUGCUCUUUAAUUGUCUCUAAAAAAAAAUGACAUUUAAAAUCUGUAUUGAAUCAUGAAGUAUACUGGUCAGUGCUGUUUGGAAAUAUAUUUUCACACAGACAUUACGGAAAAUAGAUGGAAAAUGUGUCUUGGAUUUGUACAGUAUGGUUUGAUUUUUGGUUUAUUCACACUGUCAAUAAUUGUCUGGAACCUGUGCGUGCAUUCACGCUUAUACCGUUAAGAUCCCGUUAAGACACGUGACGUAUUUAAAGUCCUGCACAUGGAAGAUUUUUUUCUCAACACUGUCUGAAGUUUGCUUAUAAUCCGUGAUUUCUCUUUUGGUUUCUCACGAGAAACCAUCCGCGUGCAUUUUUUUGUUUAUGAUAAGAUUAUAAAGGAGCGUGUGAUUGGCUGUACUAGUAUGCUGGGUCUCAGCGUGGCCAACACUGCAGUCAGAUGAUCUGUAUAUAUAUGUAAAUGUGUAAUUAUGUCUCUUGAAUUCUCAUCACCUCCUGUAGUUCUGUAAUAACUGUAAAAUCGUAUCUUUAUAAACAACUAAUUACUGUAAAAACUACAUUUUGUCUGUAUUUUUUUUUUCAUUUUUCAAGUGUAUCAAUUUAAUAUUUUUCAAUUGUAAAUAUACAUUUAGAAGAGAAUCAUUUGGUGUUGGUGCAGUGGAUAAGACACUCUUUGGUGUGAGAGACCUGGGUUCGAAUCCACUGUGACACACCAUUGUGUCCCUGAGCAAGACACUUAACCCCUAGUUGCUCCAG